CGGCAAACAAGGCCAUCCCACCUGUGCUCGGCUACUUGUGUGAAUCCCCCCCUCCCCAUACCCUCUAUCUCUCUCUCGCGCUCUCUCUGUGUGUGUGAAAGAGACCAUGACCGAGCGGGGCGCACCGCCCGGGACCAUUGCGGCGACGCGGCUGCGGUACUACACGGCUGACGAGCUGAGGUCGAUUGCGCACGUCAAGGUGGAGCAGCCUGUGACUGCAGACUCGUUGGGCAACUUUGUGUCUGGCGGGCUGUACGACCCGGCGAUGGGCCCACUCGAACGGUUCCAGACUUGCCCGACGUGCUCGCUUGUCCAGGCCCACUGCCCGGGGCAUAUGGGCCGCAUCGAGCUUGUUCUCCCGGUCUACCACCCGCUCUUCCUGCCCAAGAUCUACAAGCUCCUCCGGGCACAAUGCUGGUUCUGCCACAAGCUCCGUGCGCCCGAGAUCAAGCUCGCGAACAUCUCUGCCCGCAUCUCGCUGCUCAACGCCGGCCUCCAUCGGUUUGCGCUCGAGCUCCCUGCCUUUGGCACGCCGCUCCGGGUCUUUUCCGGGUGGAUCGACGAGGACGAGGACGCCGUGGCGGCGCGGAAGGCCGGAGGCAGCAAACUUCUUGUUCCGAUUGCGCACCUCGCGCCGCUCCUGGUUGCUGCUGAUCAGCAGAAUCCGGACCGGGUCGACGCCAUCGUGGCUGCGCUCGAGGAGGCCGAGGCGGCCAAGGCUGCGGCGAAGGGCAAGGCCAAGAAGGUCAAGUCUGCAGAGAAGGCAGCAAAGGCAGCUCGCAAGCGGCGUGCCGCAGCCGAGGCUGCGAUUGCGGCGCAGCACUCGGACGAGCUCAAGACUGGGGCGUCGCUCCCGGAGCAGGGCUUCUACGAGGACGACCGCGCGACGCUGACGCUGACAUCGUACUCUGCGGCGGCGUAUACCAAGUACCUGGCAGACCUGACGACGACACUGGUCUCGCUGGAGCGGCUGGAGCACCUACGGGCGCACUACCGGACGAACAAGUCGCUGCUCAUCGAGAACAUGCUGCAGGACACGCUCCGUGAGUUUUGGCAUGCGGCGGCAGCGGCGGCAACGUGCCCCGACUGCGCGCGCAAGUCGCCGCCGAUCACGUGGGACAAGCGCGGGCGGUUUUUCCGCGGCCCGGCGCCGGUCCGCGGCGGGCGGGCCGGUCUGGCGGCCGCCGCCGCCGCGGACGUCAAGCCGAACAUUCUCGAUUCGCUGCACCGCAAGCUGGAGGCCAAGACGGCGGCGGCCAAGGCCAAGGCUGUGGAGAAGGGCGAGGAGUCGUCGGACGACGAGUUGUCGGACGGCGAGGAUGGUGACGGGGCGCGGAUUGCGGCGGCGGCGGUGGCCGGUAAGGCCGGCAUGGCGCGGACGUCCAAGGCUGUGGUGGAGGCGCGGAAGAAGAUGUCGGCGCAGUCCAAGCUCAAGUACAUCACGCCGCUGGAGGUCCGCGAGCGGAUGCGCGCACUCUUCCUUGCGCACCCGCAGAUGAUGGGUUGCAUGUUCUCGGAGCUCGGCGGCAAGCUGCCGAGCGCGGACACGCUGUUCAUCGAGGUCAUGCCUGUGGCGCCGAACCGGUUCCGGCCGCCGUCGUUUGUGGGCGGCGUGGUGUCCGAGCACCACUCGAACGUGCUCCUCUCCAAGGUCCUUGCCAUCAACCAAGUCCUCGUCCAGUACAUGACCGAGGAGGUCGACGAGGCGAGCGAGUACGGCGACAUGUCGGGCGUGUCACGGGUGGAAAAGUCGCUGCGGAUGUGGAUGGAGCUGCAGAUGGCGGUCAACGGGAUCAUGGACCGCGAUCUGUCGGCGUCGCCGAUGUCUGCGCCGCAGGGCAUUAAGCAAGUGCUGGAGAAGAAGGCUGGCCUGUUCCGGCAGAACAUGAUGGGCAAGCGAGUCAACUUUGCGGCGCGUUCGGUCAUUUCGCCCGACCCCAACAUCGACGUGUCGGAGAUCGGCGUGCCCGGCCGGUUUGCCAUGACGCUGACGUAUCCCGAGCCUGUGGGCAACCACAACCUUGAGCUCCUCCGGGCGGCGGUCAUCAACGGGCCGGACGUGUACCCGGGCGCGACGCACAUCCGCAACGAGGACGGUUCGCUCGUCUCGCUCAUGCACAAGUCGCGGGCGGUGCGCGAGACGCUGGCGCAGCAGCUGACGACGCCGUCGUCGUCGCUCGACGCCCAGCCCAAGCCCAAGUACGUGCUCCGGCACCUGCGCUCGGGCGACGUGCUUCUUGUCAACCGGCAGCCGACGCUCCACAAGCCGUCAAUCAUGGCGCACAAGGCGCGGGUGCUCUGGGGCGAGAACGUCAUCCGCAUGCACUACGUCAACUGCAAGACCUACAACGCAGACUUUGACGGUGACGAGAUCAACCUCCACUUUCCCCAGUCGGAGCUCGCCCGGGCCGAGGGCUACACCAUUGCCAACACCGACAACCAGUACAUUGUGCCGACCGACGGCUCGCCCAUUCGUGGUCUCAUUCAGGACCACAUUGUGGCCGGCGUGCGGCUGACGGUCAAGAACACGUUCAUCGACGAGGAGACGUACCACCAGCUGGUCUACGCCGCCUGCGCUGCCUUUGUCACCAAGUUUGUCACCGUCCCACCUGCGCUCCUCAAGCCGCACAAGCUCUGGACCGGCAAGCAGGUCAUCACCACCAUCCUGUACAACCUGACUGGCGAAGCGCCCGGCUCGCCGGCAGCGCUCACCGUGCAGGCCAAGACCAAGAUCCAGCCCGAUACCUGGGCGUCGUUCCGCGACGAGUCGAUGGUCCGCGUCCACCGCGGCGUCCUCGUCACCGGUGCGCUCGACAAGGCGCAUCUCGGUGCGACGAACCAGGGUCUUGUCCACGGCGUGUUCUCGGUCUUUGGCCCACGGGUGGCCGGGCAGACGCUCACGGCCUUUGGCCGCCUCUUUACGGCCUACCUCCAGUUCAACGGCUUUACCUGUGGCAUCGACGAUCUGCUGCUCACGCCCGAGGGCGAGGGUGUGCGCAAGAAGCUCCUUAACCGCGCCGUCGACGUCGGCGUCAAGACCGCCGCCAUGUUCUGUGGGUACAACGAGGACGACGCAGGCGUGGUCGAGCCGGGCCUCCUCCGCGGCGCACUCAAGGCCGCGUUUGGCGCCGAGAACGCCAAGCCGGCGCUCGACGGCAUCAUGUCAGGCGCGCUCUCGCAGGUCACCUCGGACGUCAUGGCCGAGUCGAUUCCGCACCGCCAGCUCAAGGCCUUCCCGCUCAACAACAUGUCGCUCAUGACCAUGUCCGGCGCCAAGGGUUCUGCCGUCAACCAGGCACAGAUCACGUGCCUCCUCGGCCAGCAGUCGCUCGAGGGCCAGCGCGUGCCUAUCAUGGCCUCGGGCAAGACGCUCCCGUGCUUCCUCCCGUACGAGGCGCACCCACGGGCCGGUGGCUACAUUACCGACCGCUUCCUCUCGGGCAUCCGUCCGCAGGAGUACUACUUUCACUGCAUGGCCGGUCGUGAGGGCCUCGUGGAUACCGCCGUCAAGACCUCGCGCUCCGGCUACCUGCAGCGGUGCCUGGUCAAGCACAUGGAGGGACUGGUGGUGGGUUACGACGCCACGGUCCGCACGCCCGAAGGCUCGGUCGUCCAGUUCCGCUACGGCGAGGACGCGCUCGACGUGACGGCCUUGUCGCGGCUCACCCACUUUGACUUUCUGGCCGACAACAAGGAACGUCUGCUCAAUCGCGAGGAGCUCGGCCAGCUCGCAGGUGCUAUGGACAUCUCCAAGGGCUUCCGCAAGUCGCGCAAGAUCGCCGAGGCUGCGGCGACCGGCGCUGAGCUUCCGGACCCGGUCCUCGCCGAACUCGACCCGUACACCCAUCUCGGCGCGGUCUCUGAGAAGUUCCACGCCCAGGUCGCCGAGUACUGUGCCAAGGCCGAGAUGGACAAGGCGGCGACUAACGAGUUCCGCAUGUUCCUCAACACCCGGUACCUCCGCGCGCUGGCGCAGCCGGGCGAGGCUGUCGGCCUCCUCGCUGCGCAGUCGAUUGGUGAGCCGUCGACGCAGAUGACGCUCAACACCUUCCACUUUGCCGGCGUCGGUGCGGCCAACGUGACGCUCGGUAUCCCGCGACUUCGCGAGAUCAUCAUGACGGCGCAGAAGAACAUCAAGACGCCGACGAUGCUGCUCCCGCUCAAGCCCGACGUCGACGAGGCGACCGCGACUGCGCUUGCCAAGUCGUUUUACCGGCUCCAGCUUCUCGAGCUUGUUACAAGGGUCUCGGCCGUCGAAUCGGUUGUUGACCGCGGCGCCUCGGGUUGGUUCCGCACCUUUGCGGUCACCUCGACGCUCGUCGACGCCGAGGUCCUCGAAGCCGAGUACUCAACGUCGCUCGACGCGGUGCGCAACGCGUUUAACGACGCCUUUGUGGUGCACCUCAAUGCGGCCAUCACCCGCGAGCUCCGGCGCGCAGGCCGUGACGUGGACAUGCUCACCGCGCUCAAGCUCGACGGCCCGUCCGAGGACGAGCUCGCCGAGACCGAGGCCUCGGGCGAGGCGGCGCCGGCGAGCGACGCGCGACCAGCGGCAGGACAGCUUUCGCGGGCGCGGUCGGCUGCGGCGGCAAGCUCGGACGAUGACGAGUCGGACGACGAGCGGGCAGUGGCCGACGACGAGGACGUGGCCGACAUGUUCUCGGACGACGAGCGCGAGGCCGGCGAGGGCGACGACGACGCCGUGCUCGCGGCGGCGCAGAAGCUUGGCCCGCAGGCCGACGACGGCGCCAACACCGACUCGCUCUUUGACACCGACUCGGACGAUGAGCGCGAGGCGACCGGCUCGGACUCGGACGACGAGUCGUCCGAGGCUGGAAAGUCGUCCGGCUCGGGCGUCGCCGACAUGGACGUCGAGAACAAGCUGUUCUCGAGCUCGGCGGCGACGACGAUGAAGGGCAUCUCGGCGCACGCGCGCAAGAUCCUUGACAUUCGGGCAGAGAUCGAGGAGCUGCGGACGACGACGUUCCGCAAGUCGUCGGCGCAGAUGGUCUCCGAGGUGCGAGUCGAGAAUGGCAAGGCCACGUUUACCGUCUCGAUCCCAAUCAACGUGCCGCGGCUGCUCAUGACCGACAUUGUGCAGCUGGUGCUCGGCAAGACGCUUGUCCAGUCGACCGACAACAUCUCGCGGUGCUUUGUCGUCCCGCACCCGGACGACUCGAAGCGUUUUGCUGUCCAGUCGCAGGGCGUCAACUUUGAGGCCGCGUGGAUGGCGCAGAAGCUCAUCGACGUCGACCACAUCUCGUGCAACGACAUUUACGCCAUCCUCAAGACGCUUGGCGUCGAGGCUGCGCGGACGACGCUGAUGAACGAGAUCGGUGCCGUCUUCGACGUCUACCACAUCUCGGUCUCGCCGCGCCACCUCUCCCUCGUCGCAGACUACAUGACCAACGAGGGCGGGUACCGCGGCAUGAACCGCAUGACCAUGGCCAAGGACGUCGCCCCGCUCUCCAAGAUGACCUUUGAGACGACCAUGAACGUUAUCAAGGACGCGGCCGAGCGUGCCGACUUUGACCCGCUCAAAUCGCCCUCGCGCCUUUGA